GAAAAGGGGAACAAAGAAAUCGUAGGGUAUAAAACCUCUGCAGCAGCGCGACUUUCCUGCACUGCACCCGGUGAGGAGCGCGCGCUCCUUCUUUCCACACUUGUCUCUUUCUCUCCCUUUCUGUCUCUCUCUUUCUGUCUAUCUCUCUUCCUCGCUCUCUCUCCCUCUCUCUCUAUCUCUCUCCCUCUCUCCCAUCAAGUGACCAGCACGUUCCUGAGGGUUCUGAUCCGGGUUGGAUCGAAGCGCCUGGCGCAGGUGGUGUUUGGGGUGUAAAUCGCGCGCCCCAGGUGUUGUUCAUCUCCGAGUUGCGCGCGAUUUUUUAUUUUUAUUUAUUUUUUAAAAAUAAAUAAAUAAACAAACAAACAAACAUACCACGAUGACCACACUGUUGCUGCUGCUGUCCUGCGCGCUGUGCGUUCACUCUCUACCGCUGGGGGACAUCAGGAACAGUCGCAGGUACAAAGACUCGAUGGAUUGGCCAGAGAAGAUUCAUCAUUAUGCUUUUAAAAAGAGGGGAAGGUUACCGCAUGCCCAAAACACGCUGCAAGAAGACCCUGAGUUUAAGAGGUAUCAACAUCAACCUGCUGUCCCCAAGAACGGCAGCGAUGUCUGGAACAGGCCACGGUGCGGAGUCCCAGACUUCCCUUUAAAGCAAGAAAACUUCUUUAAUGUGGUACAUAGAUCUGGUCGACAUGGCGGACGAUACAGACACAAGCGAUACGCUACGGUGAAGGGAUGGAACAAGACCAGCUUCACUUACAAGAUCCUAAGGGCGCCGUGGCAAAUGACUAUGGAAAAAGUGCGAGAGGUGUUUCGGGAAGCCGUACAGGUCUGGAGUUAUGUCACUCCUCUCACCUUCACAGAGGUUCUAUCGGGCCAUGCUGACAUCAACAUCAACUUUUCUAGGUACGAACAUGGAGACAAGCUGCCUUUCGAUGGUCAAGGAGGAAUAUUGGCCCAUGCAUUCUUUCCUGGAACACACAGGCAAGGAGACGUGCACUUUGACUAUGAUGAGCAAUGGACUUUAGGCAACGAAAUGGGUACAGACUUGCUGCAGGUGGCUGUUCAUGAGCUCGGCCACACUCUCGGGCUGCAGCACUCCAAUUCCCCCGGCUCAGUGAUGUCUCCCUACUACAUCUACUCCUACAAACCGCAGCUCAGCGAGGACGAUGAGAGGCGCAUCCAGUCCUUGUACGGUGUCAAAGUUGUUCGACAGAAGGAGCCAGAGUUAGACACCAAUGACAUUGUGACAAUACCUGACGCCUGUAACACAGACUUUGACGCAGUGUCGAUGAUCCGCGGCGAGCUGUUCUUCUUCAAAUCGGGCUACGUGUGGCGCAUCCGUGACGGCACACUGCAGGACGGGUAUCCCGCAUUAGCCUCCAGACACUGGCGCGGAAUUCCUUAUAAUAUAGACGCAGCAUAUGAGGACACUUCUGGAAAUAUCUGGUUCUUCAAAGAUCAGAAUUACUGGAUGUAUGAUGCUGAAAAGCAGAUCAGUGGGCCAGACUCGGUGCAGAGGCUGGGACUUCCAGUUAAUAACAUCCAGGCAGCCUUGAUGUGGGGUGAAGACAAAAGCCAGAAAGUUUACUUCUUUAAGGGAGAAAAUUACUGGCGUUUUAACCCUCAGGAGAACUGGGUGGACAUGAGCUACGCUCGCACUAUGGUGGACUGGAGAGGAAUCCCGAAUGACAUUGAUGCUGCUUUCCAGGAUCGCUAUGGUUUUGCCCAUUUCCUGAAAGGCAGACAGUACUGGAAGUUUGACCCUGUGGAUGUCAGGGCCCUUGAGGGAUACCCCCGAUACAUUGGCAUGGACUUCUUCAAUUGCCCCACUGACAAAUAUCUCUAAACCUCCACCUCAAACGGAGCUUAGGCAAUUGAUCUCGGUUCUUGUUCACCCGUAUUUUACCCUCAGACAUGUUGCGUGCUGUAGGGUUCUACCUUAUCCCAGGUAAAUAAUACAUAUAUCCUCACAUGACCUCCAGUCAGGUUGGAUCAAACCAGCAAAUGACUCUGAUGAAGAUUUCCAGCCACACGACCUUGACACGUCUCAGAAAAAGCACGUACGCCUUGCCUUUUCCUCAUUUCUUUAUUUUCUGCUGUCUUACGCAGAAUAUGAUUAUUUAUUAUCUGUAUAUAUUUUGCUGUUAUCUUCAGUAUUGUAGCUACUGAGAACUAAGCAUCUACUUUUCUUUGUGAAGUGUCAAAAUGUGCCGUUUCAGUUAGGAAAACUUUUUUAUACAUACUGUUUUUACACACAACGGUGCUAUAGUAACACACAGGGAAGGCUUCCUGAACCUCAGAUGUGAAAUUUUUAUCCGAAGAAAUCAGCUCAGGUGUGUCAUCGAGGGCUGAGGUAGGGAAGAGACGUCAGUCGAAGGCAAACUUGACUUGUGAGUAAUUCGUUACAGUUUGUGUCUUUGGAAAGAACGAUACUUAGACGGAGUAAGAUAACAUCCAGCUAGGUGGAGGAGGCAUUAACACGUUGACACAAAGUGGAAUAACAUUUCCGCAAGCAAGUUUGCUAUUUUCUUUUCACCACAACAGGCACGAUCACACAAACAUUAUGGCCACAUCUUUAGUUAUUUUUUAUUAGUUAAAGAAGGACGUACACUUUAUCCAAUUAUAGUUCAAAUUGAUGUAAAAACAACUUUCAUUUAUGAUAAUUUUCUUUUUUUACCCCACUUCAUUACUUUUUUUUUUCAUGACCUUGUCAUUUUACUGAGAAACUGGACAAUGCAGUUCCUGAGGACUUUCCCAUGGCAGAGUACUUACUGUUAGAAAGCACUGACACUGGACACUCUUUCUAUAAAUGUUACAUUAACAAAAAC